GCACCGAAGAAACUCUCAAACUUCUUCGUUGUUACAUCUAUAGCUCCGCCUCGCUCGCUUCUUCUAAAUUCUCUCCGCUAUGAAGCCGCAGCGUGGUCCCAAGAAGAUCUCCCUUAAAUGGAUCCCAUUUAUCUGCAUCUCCUUCUUUACUCUCGGAAUCCUCUUCAGUAACAGGCUAUGGGUCCCACCUGAAUCCAACGGUCAACUUUUAUCCCAACGUCGACGGGAACAGGAGUUGCAGAUUUUCUCCGAUGAUUGCGGUACUAGGAAAACGCCUGAACAACAUAAUGAUGUUACAGGUGAAGUUUUGAAAACCCAUGAAGCAAUUCAGCCUUACAGAUCUCUAGACAAGUCGGUUGCAAUGCUAGAGAUGCAGUUAGCUGCCUCACGUAGUUCUCAAGAAAUAGAGAAUUCGGAUGCCUCCAGAGUUGUUUCAACCUUGGGUCGAGAUCGACCGAGGAAGAAAGUGUUCAUGGUCAUUGGAAUCAACACUGCUUUUAGUAGUAGGAGGCGGCGUGAUUCUGUCCGGGAGACUUGGAUGCCACAAGGGGAAAAGCUUAUUCAGUUGGAGCGUGAGAAGGGGAUUGUCAUUCGCUUCAUGAUCGGCCAUAGUGCAACAUCCAACAGCAUUUUAGAUCGAGCUAUUGAUUCAGAGGACGCUCAGCAUAAGGACUUCCUUAGACUGGAGCAUGUUGAAGGAUAUCAUGAGUUAUCCGCAAAAACAAAAAUUUUCUUUUCUACUGCAGUUGCAAAAUGGGAUGCUGAGUUUUAUGUCAAGGUGGAUGAUGAUGUCCAUGUUAAUCUUGGUAUGCUAGCUACAACCCUUGGCCGUCACCGUUCCAAGCCCAGAGUCUACAUAGGGUGCAUGAAAUCUGGACCUGUUCUUUCUCAAAAGAAUGUCAAGUACCAGGAACCAGAGCAUUGGAAAUUCGGAGAAGAGGGGAACAAAUACUUUCGACAUGCAACAGGGCAGAUAUACGCAAUUUCAAAGGAUCUGGCAACCUACAUCUCCAUAAACCAGCCUAUUUUGCACAAGUUUGCUAAUGAAGACGUGUCCCUCGGGUCCUGGUUUAUCGGACUUGAGGUUAAGCACAUAGAUGAUAGGAAUAUGUGCUGUGGGACUCCACCGGAUUGCGAAUGGAAGGCACAAGCAGGUAAUGUCUGUGUUGCAUCCUUUGACUGGAGCUGCAGUGGAAUCUGCAAAUCUGUGGAUAGGAUCAAAAUUGUUCAUGAAAGGUGUGGUGAAGGAGAUGAUGCGGUUUGGAAUACAUUAAAUUAAUUUGGCAAAAACUCGUCUUGCGGCAAACGAGGUUUAACAUUCAUGGUUUCAUGAUCAAGAAGCAGAGUUUGGCCAACGAGGUAGGACGAAGCACUGCAUCUGGUUUCAAUACAUAUCUGCAAACACAUCUCCCUCAAAUUUUGCUUGAAAUCUUCUAGGAAAAUGGAGAUAAAAGACAAAAAUCAACAUUUAGAUAGGGAGCUGUUUAAUCGGAAAAGCUUGUUUAUUAUGUAGUAGCAUUUCAACAUAUAUUCCCGUUCUUUUUAUUGUGAUUGUAUUCUAUGC